UCUGCACGGCCAGCAAAAUAAAACGUAAUGUAAUUCCUUUAGCAAACUAAGUGUUAUUUAAACGCAACGAAGCAUAUAUCGAUAUUUCGACAGGUAUCUAUGGUAAUACACUUAAAAAAAAAAAAAAAAAACCUAACGGUUAACGAAAGUGAUGGGUGUAGUUAGCAACAUCAUGAGGUCACAACAGCCUGUGCCUGCCGCAAUGAAACUUGCAAACUGGUACUGCACACAUGUCCUGUUGUUGGCUGUUUCAUUUACUUGGGCUGUCCAUGAGAUGCCUGCCCCAACAUAUCAGCACUGGGAUCCGGUAACAUCUCACUCUUUUACCUGUGACCAAUGCCCUCCUGGUACUUUUGUUCAACAUCACUGCAAUGCAAAUAGAAAGACUGUGUGUUCACCCUGUCCAGCGCAUCACUAUUCAGAGAACUGGCACUGGGAUGAAGAGUGCCAGUACUGCACUUUGGUGUGCAAGGAGAAGCAGAACUUUCAACAUGAGUGCAACAGCACACACAACCGGCUCUGCAAAUGCAUUGAGGGAUAUCAUCUUGAAAUUGAAUUCUGUAUAAAACAUAGUUCCUGUCGCUCUGGAUAUGGUGUAAAGAAGCCAGGUACAUCAGAAGAUGACACUGUUUGUGAGAGGUGCCCCAAGGGCUACUAUUCAAAUGAACUUUCAGCUACAAAACCCUGCAUUAAACACACAAACUGUGCUGAACUGGGGUUGAGAACAUCUUCUCCAGGAACUGCGACACGUGACGCAGUGUGUGACACGAAUGAGAAAGGCUCCUUAUCUCAGUGCUUUCAUAAUCAGCUUGAAUGUUAUACAGAUAUUACACUCUGUGAGGAGGCCGUGUUCCAGUUCAUAGCAUCUCAAGGUUUACCCGCUUAUCAGCUGGAUAUGUUAAUGGACAGUUUGCCAGGUCAGAAAGUGGAUGGCAGAAAUAUAGAAAUGGUCAAAAAGAUGUGCAACCCCAAGCAACAGACAAUUCAUCUGUUAAAACUGUGGAUGAACCAAAACAAAGACCAGGACAAAAUCUACAGCAUUUAUCAAGACAUGAAUCAGUGUGAAAGAGUUGUUUCCAGGUGCCCAGGCUUUAGGAACUUGACAUUGGACCAUUUUAAUGUAGUGAAGGAAAGUUUGCCAGGGAACAAGGUGAAGGAAGAGGAUAUCAGAUGGAUUUUGAAAACCUGUGAUCCCAAGCAGUAUAUUCCCCAGCUCCUGAGUCUGUGGAAGGCACAGAAUGCAGACCAAGAUACUGCAAAUGUGCUUUCUCAAAGCAUUAAGAAACUCAGAUCCCAGAAAGUGCCGAAAAAGCUUCUGCAAAGCCUUAGGAGAAUUGUGAAAAUUUUCAACAACUCUGCAAUACACAGAAUUUACCAGAAAAUGUUUUUGGAAAUUAUUCAGGGGAGUAAGUGUUUAAAAGCCAAAUCCUUUAACGAAUAGACACAGAAGCUUCAUUCUUCUUAAAACUUCUCACUAGUUAUCUUCUUGUGUGUGUUUUUUUUUAUAGACACUAGGCAGCUCCCUCCAUCUCCAUGGUAAUGCAUUAUCCUAUGUGAUUCCUUUUUAUAGACGAGCCAAUUCACAUUGCUAGCUUCCGGGAGAGUUUAGUGUAAAUGGACCCUUACUCUGCCUGCUCCUAAUCCUUCUAAUGUCAGAUCAUUUUUAUCCCUUAACAUUUUUUUUUUAAAGUGAUCAUAAAAUCUUCAUAUUACCAUAUCCAAACACAAGGUUACAAUCAAUGAUGUCUUAGAAACAUGCAGUUGCUUCCGUUACAUUUCUACGUGAUUAUUGUAUUGCCCUGUUUACAAGCAUUUUUGACUGAAUUUGGCAGCUAUUAACAUAGUGAGAAUCCACCCUGCGUACAACAGUGUCCUUUACACUGGUAUAUUAUGAGUGUUUCGAAGUUAAGAACUUGUCCUCUCUUAAAAGGCUAUUGAUGUUUACUUAUUCCCAGCAGUACCUGUAUAGUCCAUGUUUUAUUAUUAAGCUUCAUUUGAUGUUUGUACAAAGAAGGUACUAUAGAAAUACACAAAAAAAUGAUUAUUUGCAAACCUACGCCUAAAACCUACAUUCUUGACUUCUGUUGUUCGUUCAAAGUAGAAUGUAGUGUCUUUUAUGGUAUUGUGCAGCAUUAAACCUUUUAAUAUGGAGCAUGUCCCUGUUUUAUGUCAGGUUUCCUAUGGGAUAAGAUCUUCCUUGCAAAAAACAAUACUUUGCAGUAGUUGAUUUAUUAUUACAUGGAAACACUUUCUGACAGCAAAAAUAUGUAACUUGCAUUAUAUUUGUUUAGCUUCCAGUAUUUACUUUGAGACUCCCUCAACAUAGGGUGUUUAUUAUUAUGGUCAUGGAAAAUAUGUCCAGGAUUUGGUCAUCCGCUUUACAUAAGGCUCAACAAAUACUUUAUUGGUAGUUAUUAAAAACUAUAGUACCUUAUUCGUUAAGCAACAAAUGCAUUCUGAAUUGUAAAAACAACUAUCAUGAUCUUUUAUAUGUUUGUAAAGUACUGAAGGGCAAUCUUUGAAUAGCCUGCAUUUCUCUAUUGCUCAAGAUUUAAGACAGCUGAAUUCGGGUUCCAGGGAAUCAUAAAAAAUCAGUUUCUGUAAAUCCUGUAAGACCUUAUGGAUAAUUGAACAUGAUGUCAUAAUCCUUGAAAAAUACCAGACAAUUUGUAACAUGGCAGUUUAUCAUAAACUAUGGCUGAUAUCAUCAAUAAAUGUUGAUUGUGUUUGUAUUUAUUAAUUAGAUUUCUGUUUAUAAAGUCAUACAUUGUAUGUUAGCAUUAUUCUUGAUCGGCAGAUGUUUUGCAAAUUGUUUUUGGUAUGUAUUGUGACCAGUUAAGAAAAAUAAAUGGGUUAUGUUUGUGA